AUGGAUAGUGAGAAAAUGGAUGUGGAUAAGACGGAAAAGGAGAAACCGGAAGGAAAACUACCAUUUUCAAUAGAUAGUCUGUUAGCUGAUAAAUUCGAAUCGGCUUCCUCGAUGGAUUAUUUCCAAGAUUUAAAGGACCAAGUUAAUAUCGAUUCAGAUGACGCAAGCUGUGCUUCGGAGCAGUUGGACGUGGAAACGUCAAUUAAUGAUGCGCAGGAGUUUGCUGAUGCUAGAUCUACGGAAAUGCAACAAUCAGGUUCUUGCAGUUCAAGAGGCAAGCGAGCGAGAACAGCUUUUAGCGCGCAGCAAAUAAAAAGCUUAGAAGCGGAAUUUGAGAAGAACAGAUAUUUAUCUGUGGCAGCGAGGGGUCGGUUAGCAAGGCAAUUAAGACUUACUGAAACGCAGAUAAAAAUUUGGUUUCAAAACCGACGAACGAAAUGGAAACGGAAGUACACUAAUGACGUGGAACUUUUCGCUCAGCAGUAUUACAGUAGUUUGGGCAUCGUCACGCCACGACCUAUGUUCGUAGGCGACAGACUAUGGAUCUUCAACUAUCCAAACAGACUACCACAAUGGAAGUCCCUAAACGUCUCAAAUAUUAAUGCACAUGGCCACCUAAUUGAUAGAAACCUCUUUCGUAACGCGCCAAACCUUGUUCCAAACGACAGAUUUUCAAAUAACGAUCGCCUGUCAACUGUCAAGGUUCCCGCGCAAAAUCGUCUGCUUCCGGUGCCUAGUGUUUAUUCCAAUAUAGCACAAAGGAGUCUAGAUAUUUAUAAAAAUGGCAUUUUAAAUCAUUCAAAUCAAGAUUCAAAUGUCGAUCACUUAAGAAGACUGGAAGAAAAUUUUAGUAUUUAA